AUUGUUUGAACCAAAGGAUUGUAAAAUCAUAUCGAAAAAGUUGGUAGUAGAGUAUUUUAUACUGAAGUCAUAAUUUAAUUGUGGUUCAACCGUUUCAUAUUGUUAAAUAUCACCUAUUGAUUUAGCCUAUGAUGUGAAGUUUCAUGGUCGAACCGCCGGUAUGUACGGUCUUUCAUUACAAACUUUAAAUAAAAAACACUGAAAUAUUGACAUUAUCAAAUACCCCUUAAAUCUCGGAAAUUAUAAUAAUCGUAUUAAAGAAAAAAUCUUCCAAAUGACAAUAGUGAUUUAGGAUUUUAAAUUGAAAUAGAAAAAAUAUGUCAAAUAUAAUGUCAUCUCCUAAAAUAAAUCCAAACUCAACAUAGUAAGACUAAGAAUAUCCACUAAUCAAAGCAGAAUGACAAUUAUUUCACACUACCACAUUUUCCUCAUCUUUUAAAUGUGUCAUCUCACUCUUUAUUUGUCUUCUUCUUUGUUUUUCCAUUUGUUCUUCCAUCUCUCUCUCUCCUAGUUUUGUAUCUCACAACUCUCCCCCUUUUCCCUACUUCUUUCUUCCCACCGCUUGGAAUCGAGAGAAACCUGUAAACAACCCAAUUACUUCUCCAAUUUUGCGUUUGAAAUGCUUCUUCUCCAUUCAUAGUCGAUAGUCUGAAUCAGAGCACCUGAAACUUAACGAAUAGAUCGCCGCUUAUUCAUAGAUGGAGAAAAAUAGCUUGAUAGCUAGGGGUGGGCAUUGGGUGGGUCGGGUGGAUUUUGACCAUAAAAUGCACCCACCCGCGCUUAAACGGAUUGAUAAUUUUUAACCUACCACCCACCCACAUUUAGUCUCGGUUUGGGUCGGGCGGAUGGUGGAUGAUGCGGGUGGGUUUGUGGGUUCACCCACAUCACAAUGUAUAUAAUAUAAAGGAGUCAACUUGACAUGAUAAUAGGUGAAGAGAAUCAUCGAGGGAAACAAAAAGUUGAAAUAGGGCGAAAAAUGUCGAAUUAGUUCUUAAAUUGGAUAGAAAUUCUAUUAUGAAAGAGUUUUCUACAAAUUGAGACGAUUAUUAGGUGCAAGGAACUAAGGAAAAUAAUUCCACAAAGGAAAGAGCGGUGAUCUAGGCACAAGAAUUAGAUGAAAAAGUAAAGGGAAGAAGAGGGGAUCUCUAUUUGGAAGGUUGGCUUUGAGGUUCAAACUCCAGGAGUAGUCCGAGUUUAUAUCUAACAUCUCCACUCUCCUCUUUAUAGCGCCAACGACUUUGAUCUUUUUGCUGUUGGGUUGAGCGGGUCACCCGCACACUCACCCACAACCCACCCACCACCCGGCGGAUGGCUCCCAGCGCAACCCGUCACCCACCCACAGACCCACUUACUUAACAAAAUUCGGGUCAAAUGCGGGUAAGUCGGCCCAAACCGACGGAUGAUCCGCCCGCAUGCCUAGCACUAGCCAUCCCUACAUCACCCAAGUUCAACAUGGCCCAAUAAGCUGAGCUAGGCCCGGUUUCUCUUCAAUAAUCCUAUCCACAAUUCCGGAGCCCAAUUAGCAUCACCAGCUGGAGCUAACUUUUCCCCCACGUUCUUUUUGGUCCCCAAUGGACGAUGCUUUGUUUGGCCGCGCGCAACCUAAUCAAAAUCAUUGAUCUAGAAACUUCCCUCUCUGCGAACGUCUAUCUGGGUGGCUAUACAACUCCAUUGGAAUUUCUCCCGGCAAUCUUCUUCCGCUUCUCGUCCAGUCCCAGUCUGAUCGCCGCCGCCGCCGCCGUCGCCACCUAGUUCGCCGCCGUCACAAAUCGCGACGUUCAUCACCUCGCAGGUAUGCUUGUUCCUCACGUUUUUAUUGGGCGGGUAAAUGGGAUAAUUUUCAAAGUCUUGGGAGUUUGCCGUUUUUCUUACCUCCUAUGAAUCAAUCUUCUUUUUUUAUAUCUGUUUCACAUCAUUCUCCGUUCGUGUUGUAUGUGAAUUCGUCGAUUCCAGUUUUCAGGGUUUGGUUGGUCGGUUUGUUCCUUGUGAUUGGGUCUGUAAUUUGUUGCCUGAGCAUGGGGCUUUUGAGGUUCUUUCUCAAUUGAUAGAUUGGCUCAGGGUGUAAUGUACUCCCCUGUGAAUUUGUAACUGACUAGCUAGCUACAGAAGCAUCCAGAGCAGAACUGAUCGUGGGUAAGUGGGCGGCGAGUUGAGGCUCCUCUCCCCUGCUUCUGCAUUGCAUACAAUACAUUGAAGCACCAUUGAGCGACCUUCUUUGCAUUCAUUUGUUUUGGUUAGUAUUUACUAGUUAACCCUAGAAUUAAUACUAUUAGGUUAAAUUUUCUCUUUGAUGAAUAUCAGGUAAACAUUUUCAUUCUCAAUGUAUUUCAUUAAAUCUGGUUUUAUGUGAUCUAACUGUUAGUUUCCGUAUGAUCCAUCGGACUUGUUUGAGGUGACUGUUGUGUGAAUUGUCGAUAGUGCACCCUCAUGAUUGCAAUUUGAUUGAUAUGGUGUGUUUGGUUCAUUUUGAGCUGGCGUUUUCUUCACGUGUUUCUUUGUUGGAAAGAUAUUUUGCUUGUUUUCAUGCACCUGGAUCUGCAGGCAAGUUGCUCCGUUGUUGAAUUGGGGAUAAAUUGCUUACAUCAUCUUGCAUUGUGAUGUUGUUGCAGGUCUGAAAAUUUGACAUUACCUUCUUACACCGCAUAUCUCACUGGGACCGUGCUUCUUCCUCAUAGACAAUGGCUGGCAGAGUAAUUGUGAAUUUGAUUGUGAUGAGCUCUGGAGUGUUAGCAAGGGCCUUUUCUCAGGCAUAUCGUCAAGCGCUUCAAAAUGCUUCGAGGAACGGUGUUGCACAUGAAACAAUACAUAACAUGAAGAAAGUCAGUAAGACGAUGACCGAGUCUGAGGCUAAGCAGAUUCUUGGAGUUUCUGAAAAUGCACCGUGGGAGGAGAUUCUAAAGAAAUACGAUUCCUUGUUUGAGAACAAUGCUAAGAACGGCAGCUUCUACCUGCAAUCCAAGGUCUUCCGAGCUAAAGAACGCCUGGAAAGUGCAGCCAAGAAGGGCACCGAAGGAAUAACUGGGCUGAACAUUUAACGUUCUCGUCUCUUCUCCCAACUGCAGAGGUGCACAUAUUAGAAGUCAGCAGGUGCGUGUUAGUUCGAUGUUUCACUGUAAUGCGUGUCGAAGCAUGUAGUCCAAAAAGACGAACUGGAAUUCCAGGUCUGCAAAUUUUAUAUAGAAUUUUUUAAGAAUAAACAGAAAGCAAUUGUGGAUGUAAAAUGUCAUGCAGUCAUUUUCAUAGUUCAUUUACUCGUUGUGUUAUAGUUGAACCCUUGACGUGAGAGUAUUUGAGUUCGGUCGUGAAGGGUAGUUUUCCGACAGCUCCUCCCUGGCUGGCGUUCGCUAGGGCCACCAGGCUGGUUCAAUCCCCACCAACAGUCCAACAUCAUUAGAAAAGACAAUUUCAACCUGGUGCAGUUGCAGCAAUACACAGUUGUAAGUUCCUAAAAAAAAAAAAAAAACACACACACACAGUUGAAAGUUCCUUUUAAAAAAUACAGUUGUAAGUUGUAACAGACGACAUUUUCUCCCUAGAACGGAAAUAUUGAAUAUCAUGCCCUAAAUUGUAAACUGUUUAACAGCACAUAACGGGUCAACCACGUUUUUUUAGUACAAAAUACCCUAGGCUUACACUAAACUUUUCCGGUGUCUUUCUUAUAAUAGAUCAUUAUUACAGAUUUUGAUUCCUUUGUGGCUUCUUUCGUAUGCUGAUUCAUUUAUGCUGUUUUCUGAUUUCGUAGAAAGGAAAUAGGAGGGUAGAGGAUAAAUGGAUAAAUUACUAUCAUGGACUUUAAAACCUCACCCAAAACUCGCAUUAAGAAUUGUAGUUUGCAAGUUCAUAGGAUUUAUGAAUUUGGACCCUUAAAGUACAUGCAACUUCAGAAAUUUGAUACCUCUAACUGCAUGAAGCAAGCAAUAGACUUCGUUCAAACUGCAAGAGGAAUAAGAUUCGUUCAUAAAAUUCUUUAAGCAAACUUGUCCUUAAUAUUUUAUUUAGGGUUGUUAGUCGUUGUUGUUCGAUUAUAACAGUAACCGUUUAGUCGGUUGUCGAUUAACUUUUAAACAAUUUGUGCUUAUUGUUAACUGUCCCGUCUACACUAAUCGAUUAACCUUAACUGUAUUGUCGAUCAUCAAUCAUUUUUUCGGUUAACUGCUAGCCGUUAAGCAAGUGAUUCAGUAAGGUUAGAUCAAAAUAAUCGAUCGGUAAUCUAACCAAUAGAAGACCUCCUUUUUCAAUUGUGCAUUUUUGUAAUAUUUUUUCACACAUAUAUAUGUUUUCUCUUUUUAAGUUUUUAUCAUUGAAUAAAAAAUAAUUUAACAU